UCAAUUGUAGGAGGUUGGUAAAAUGGGAGCUCUACACGUUAUCCUUUCGGUGCUGUGCCUGACUGUGGCUGCUGCGCAGUCGUUUGCGGACAUAACACCCUUCAAAACGUAUCCUGCCUCCUGUAAAGAAGCCAAGGCCAAGAAGAAUGGCAUCUAUAAGAUACAGCUGAAGGGCGAAGAGCCGUUUAACGUCUAUUGCGAUGCCACCAUGGCCGGCACUGGCUGGUUGGUCAUCCAGCGACGCGUGGAUGCCAACAUUAACUUCUUCCGCAAUUGGUCGGCCUACCAGCAGGGAUUUGGCGAUUUGGAUGGCAGCUUCUUCAUUGGCCUAAACAAGUUGAAUGCUCUAACUGCAUCUCAGCCACACGAGUUGUAUGUUUACCUUGAGGAUUUUCAUGGCCAAAGUCGUUAUGCCAACUAUUCCGCGUUUGCCAUCGGCAACGAGGCCAAUCUGUACGGCCUAAAUACCCUGGGUAUAUAUAGCGGCAAUGCUGGUGAUGCGCUCCGAUACCAUCAGAACAUGAAGUUUAGCACCUUUGACCGCGACAACGACAAUAGCACUAUUAACUGUGCUGCACAGUACUCAGGUGCUUGGUGGUAUAAGAGUUGCAUGUACAGUAAUCUCAAUGGCGAGUAUUUGGGCGGAGAGUACGGACAAGAUCUUAUGGGUCGUGGCGACUGCUGGGAACAAUGGCAAGGAGUUAAUUAUGCCUACAAGAGAGUGCAAAUGAUGAUUCGACCACUGAAAUAAACUCAAACAGCCUUAAGGCUGCAAACCCUCGAAA